CUUGUCAUAACAGUGUUUUUCAAGGAUAGUGGAGAGUUUGUUUGAUCAGCGUGUUGUGUCUGAGAAUGAUGAGCUGGCUGGCCUCCCUUGCUUUGGUGAUUCUGUUGACCACUCAGGAUGUGUUUGGUGAACAUUUGAAUGUCACUUAUAAACCUGAGAGUGCCUGUGGCUUUGUGGGGUCUUCAGUGAACAUGUCCUGCUCGUUUACCCACCCUGGCAACCUGACUAUAAAGCAAAUUUACUGGACAAACGAAAAGUACCAGGACCCUCCUGAUCUAACAGGAGACCCAGACUUCAGCGGCCGAGUAAUUGUGGAACGGCAACAAGGAACUAAUAUCAGUAAUUUGUUUAUAAAACAAAUACGUAUGUUAGCUAAUCAUAGUAGAUAUUAUUACUGCAGUAUAAUAUUCACCAAUGGCCAUAAGUGGACUGGAGAUCCGGGAGUUUACCUCCAAGUUUUGGCCCCCCAGACACCCUCAGUGUCCAUCAGCCCCCCUGGUGAAAUACUGGAAGGAACAACUGUGACUCUAAUCUGCAACAACAAAUCUGAUCUACGAGUACUGAGCUACAGCUGGUUUAAGAUGAAGAAGUUUCUGGGGACUGGACAUUCAUACACCAUUAAAAACUUCACAACUGGAGACAGUGGGGAAUAUUCUUGUAAGCUAACAUAUGACUGUGGCUUCAAGUACUCAGCUAAGGAAUGCCUCCAUCUUUUCUAUCCCCCAAGGAACACAUCCAUGUUACCUGCUCAGUCCACUGUGGUUGCCAAAGGCAACAGGAUGACCCUGACCUGCGAAAGUGAUGCUAACCCACCAGUGGAAAGUUUUACCUGGUUUAAGGUGAACGAGUCCACUCCUAUAGGAUCAGGGAAGCAGUACAACAUCACUAACACUGGCACUGAAAAUGGAGGACAGUUCUACUGCGUGGCCAGGAAUAAAUAUGGAGCUGGGAACUCAACAGCCGUGUCCAUCACAGUUGAAGGUGCAUCUCCAGGGCUCAGAGACCGAGGCUCUGUACUGUCUGCUGUGGGUGCAGUCGUCAUCUGUGGGCUUGUGGCUCUGAUCUGUGUGGUGGUCUGGAUGAGGAUUAUGAAAAGGAAACUGAAGCCAGAGCAGCAGUACUCCAGCGUUAAUGUCCAGGGCAGGCAUGGAGCAGAAGAUGAUGGUCAGUACUGCAACGUUAACCUCCAGAGAUCUGACCAGAGCAGAGUUAAUGAGGCUGCAGGAGGAGCGGAGGACAGUGGUCACUACGCCACCAUCAGACAGACUGCAGCAGCUCAGGGGGAAGACGAUGUCCAGUAUGCCAGCGUCCAGUUCCAAAAGGCCAUGGCCGCAGGGAGUUCCCCUGUUCAGCCAGAGGGGGAGCCCUCUCCCAUCUACAGCAGUGUGGAGGGCUGUCAGGAUACCUCUGUGGUCUACAGCGGUGUUCAGCCCAGAGGCGUGUAGCCAGAGAUAUUAGAAUGGACGUGCACCACAUUUACAUCAAUGGAACAGGCAUUUUUGUGUGUUUAUAGAUGUAUGUCUUGUGUUGUAAGUGCUUUGUAAUUUACUCACUUGCUAAUUUCUCAUUAAAGUUAACCCUCAUCUUGUCCUUGGGGUCAAUUUGACCCCAAACAAUGUUUAACAUCAUAAAAUAUAUGGUUCACUUUUUUUGUUUUGCUUCAAGUUUCAUGACUUUUCCUCAUUUGAAGGGUACAACAGAGUAAACAUGAAAUUUGCA